AGCAGAGAGUGGGUAAGGCAGCAUUGUGGGACAAAAAGGGGCCCGAGGUAUAAAAGGUGGUGUAAAGUGUGUGGGCUCACAUCCAUCUGACCAUGGGAAAGAUCGUCUUCUACGAAGGCCGCAACUUCCAGGGCCGCCACUGGGAGUGCAGCAGCGACUGCGCGGACACCUUCCGGCACUUCAGCUGCUGCAACUCGGUCCGGGUGAGCGGCGGUCACUGGGUGGCCUACGAGAAGGCCAACUACUCGGGCUACCAGUACAUCCUCAGCCCGGGAGAGUACCCCGACCACCGCACCUGGAUGGGCUUCAACGACUGCAUCCGCUCCUGCCAGAUGUUCCCCCCCUACCGAGGAUCCUACAAGAUGAGGAUCUACAACCGGCCGGACAUGGCGGGACAAGCCAUGGAGUUCAUGGACGACUGCCCCGACCUCUAUGACCGCUUCCGCUCCCACGACAUCUACUCCUGCAACAUCAUGGAGGGUUACUGGGUCUUCUACGAGCACCCCAACUACCGGGGACGCCAGUACUUCCUGCGGCCGGGCGAGUACAGGGCCUGCGGCGACUGGGGCUGCCACCAACCCAUGGUGGGCUCGCUCCGCAGGAUGAAGAUUAUAUUCUACGAGGACCGCAACUUCAAGGGCCGUCACUACGAGUGCAAAAGUGACUGCCCGGAAAUGCAGAACUACUUCAGCCGCUGCAACUCGAUACGCGUGGAGAGCGGCUGCUGGGUGGCCUACGAGAAGCCCAACUACGGCGGCUACCAGUACAUGCUGCACAAGGGUGACUACCCCGACUACCAGCGCUGGGCCGGCUUCAACGACUGCAUCCGCUCCUGCCGCAUGGUUCCACCCUACAACGGCAGCUACAGGAUGAAGAUCUUCGAGCGCUCCGAUUUCGGCGGCCAGAACAUGGAGCUAAUAGAAGACUGCCCCGAUCUGAACGAGCGCUUCCACACCCACGACAUCUCCUCCGUCAACGUGAUGGAGGGGUACUGGAUGCUGCACGAGCACCCCAACUACAAGGGGCGCCAGUACUUCCUGCGCCCCGGCGAGUACCGCAGACACAGCGAGUGGGGCAGCGCCAGUCCUACCAUCGGCUCUCUGAGGCGCGUCACCGAGGUCAAUUGAUUCCAAAUGUAUUUAUUUUUACCCUGACUGAGCGUUUGCACCCUUCUGUUCCUAAAACCUGCCAUGUUUUACUGCAGUCUUUCUUGUAAUCUGUGUUUUGUAGUCCAGUAUUGUCGCCACCCAAACCAGUUGCCAGUACAUCUUCGGGCAAAACAGCCCUACUGGAAUCACAACAAAUAAUAAAAAACUUCAUAAAA